AUGACUCAGGAGUAUGAGCUUUGUUUGACACCUUCACAGUCAACCGAGACCGGGGCGUCUGAAUGCUUUGAUGGUCUCCGACAACGACUCAACUCUCAGACCAGGCGCAUCGUGAGCUCUGUUGGGGACGCAUUCGCCGAGUUCAACACAGGCGCCAGCCCCGAAGAAGACGACGGUGACGACCACCCAAGCCACAACAGCAACAACGGCUCACCAGGAUCGAUCGCGGAUCGUGGGCGGAAACGAAAGCGUGUCGACGACUUCCGUGAGGGCAUCCUCUCCAGCUCAUCCAGCUUCGACGUACUCACGCCCUCUCGUAGCACCGCUUCGAUUCCGCAAGCUGUCGACGACGACGACGACGAUGACGAUGAUCAGCAGCCUCGGCCGGCAUCUAAUACUGGACGGUCAGGGUUGCAGGGUGUAGCAGAGUUCCUGCGGGAGCGUGAGACGCCGAAGAGAGGGCCCGGCGGUUACCUUCCAGGAUGGUCAUGA